CACAGAUGUCAGCGAUACAUGUUCGCUUCAUAGAUGGCCUAGUUAUAAAAGGAAUAAAGAUUUGUUUAUUUGAGAAACGGUGCCGCCAGCGUGUUAUUUAUUUCUGUGCCUAGUUGAAUUUAUAAAAAUGUAUAAAUAAAAAUCGUUAAAAUAUACAUGUAAAUGCAAAAGAAGAAACUAAAAAAUGAACUGGCAAGAAAUUAAAGAAGGUAGUCCUGUCCAAGAUCAAGGCUCACCACAUCAACAUGUUUGGAAUCCAAAUUUGUAUCGCCUCCAGCUGGAAGCACCACGUCCCAGGCCAGUUGCAUGUAAGCAUCACGUUACAAAUUGUCCACAAUAUUAUGGUUUAGAAUUUCAUGGUGUAAUAUCACAUCUUGAUGCAUCAGCCCUUUUAGUGGAAGAAGGUGAAUAUUUGGUUCGACAGAGUGGAGGGAACAGUGGAUUUUAUACUUUAACACUCAGGUUUGAUACCAAGAUUAAACACUACAAACUUUAUUAUGAUGGGCAACAUUAUGUUAAGGAUAAACGUUUUGAUUCCUUGCACGAGUUGGUGGCUGAUGGACUUGUUACUCUUUACAUGGAAGCAAAUGCUGCACCUUACAUUGAACUGAUGGAUAGUUUCAAUAAUUAUGAGAAGAGUCCCUAUAUGACACUUAACAGACUGAAACGAAGAGCUGUGGCUAGCAGAAGGGCUGACCUCACCACAGCAACAGAUUCCUUCCUUCAAAAGGAAGUAAAACACUCAGAAAUCCCACAGCUAGACACCAAAGACGAAUCUAUUACAGAAGCUGUUACUUGUGAAGGACUUAUUUCUGAAACAGUGGAUUAUGAUAAACCCCAUGCUUUUAAAAUACAUACAUUUAAGGGCCUGAACUGGUGUGAAUUCUGUGGAAAUUUUCUGUGGGGAUUCACAGCCCAAGGAGUCAAAUGUGAAGACUGUGGCUUCAGUGCACAUAGCAAAUGUUCCGAAAAGGUGCCCUGUGACUGCUGUCCAGACUUGAAACAACUGCGUGGGGUAUUUGGAAUUGAUCUCACGACAUUGGUGAAGGCUCACAGGACUGCUCGCCCAUUCGUGGUUGAUAAGUGUAUCAGUGAAAUAGAAAGGCGAGGACUGGAUGCAGAAGGGUUGUACAGAGUGUCAGGAUUUGCUGAAGAAAUAGAAACACUCAAACUUGCACUGGACAAAGAUGGUGAUCAGGCAGAUGUGGGAUCAGAAAUGUAUGAAAACAUUAAUGUGAUCGCUGGCACAUUGAAACUAUACCUGAGAUUGCUGCCCAUUCCUCUUGUGACCUUCGAAACCCAUCCAGCUGUCAUCAAAGCUGCUCAGUUGAAAUCUAUCGAGAAACAGAUUGUAGGAAUCAAAGAUGCUCUGACACUCCUUCCAGCAGCACAUUAUAAUACACUAAAAUACCUAAUGGAACACUUGAACAGGGUAAUUCAGCAGCAGAGCACAAACAAAAUGACUGCUCAUAAUCUGAGCACUGUAUUUGCACCAACACUGAUGCCUGCACCUGAUCUGACUAAAUGUGGUGGCCUGCCUGGCAUGACGUAUGAAAUAUCUGCUCUCGAAACCAUGAUCACUCAUCAACAGACCAUCUUCAAUUGAAUCCUGUCUUAUCCUAGCCAAUGGCUUGCCUGUCUUUACUCUGCCAUAACAAGAGUAUUUAUUGCAUUUGUAUAAGACUCAUCAUAAGUGUUCUAGUCUCACUUAUCAGGCAGCUAAAUGAGCUUGAAAAAACACUAUACUCGGUGAAGUUUUACCCAGUAUUUUUUUUAAUAUUCAGAUGUCACGCAAUUAGAAUAUAAAUGUGGAGAGUAAAUUUAAGUGGUAGUAGUGAUACUAGCUGCAGCACAGAUAGAGGCUGCAAAGAUUACAGAAAAAUCAAAUCACCACCAUGAGAACCUCGAAUCUCACAUUUUAACAUUUUCAUGUUAAACCUUUAUCAUUUGUGAAACUGAUACUGUUAACCUCUUUUCAUCUGAUUUUUAAAUAAUUUGGGCUUCUCUUUCAUAUGCCAACGCUGGUUUAGCCUACACUUUUCUAUAAUAAAUGUUUAGUUCACUAUGUUUAUGCACUGGUGAGGGUUUUAAUAUCUAAUUUACUGCUUCUGUCAUAUGUGCAAAUUUUAAUCUUUUUUUAUGACAUGUCCUCUUCAUGCAGUCCAGACAGUUAAGGUCAUUCCAUUGUCUUGUUCAUUAAUCUUUAAUCUCAUUAAUGCAGAUGUGUUUAACUUACUAUACUGUGAUACCAUUUUUGGUAAGACAUAUAUGCACUGAUACCAGCCUGUACAUUUCGUCUCUGAAAUAUCAUACUCCAUAGUAAUUUAAUGUAUUUUAUAAUUUAUAGGCAAUUAAAUGAGUUAUUUGUUAUCACCUAUUA